AGUGCGGAGCAGGACAAAAAUGUUUCCCGCCUCAUGCAUUGAUGGCAAGGGCAUGAGUGUGCGUUAAAAUAUUGUUUUGCACAUUUUGGGCUUGAGUUUUCAUAGUUCUAAGGCGACCAUAUUGAGAAGACCAUUCUCAUUAAGGAUUUUAAUGGAGGAACCCAUUCUUAUAGCAUUUUAAGGGUAAGACAGGUACAGUUAAUAAUAACUGUCCUUUUCUUUCCCCCUGCCUUUAACGCGGACACUUCUGGAAAUUCAUGUGGACGAGUUGAAAAUGAACGAGAGGCCGGAGUCAAACUUUACUUUUUCUGAUGGUGAUAACUGCACUUUUCCCAAUGCCUCGAGCGACCACACCAUACCAAGAAACAAUAUCACUUAUGUCGGAUACUACCUGCAUCAGCCGCCUACCGCGGUGGUGUUCAUCGUGUCCUACUUGCUCAUCUUCCUGGUGUGCAUGGUUGGCAAUGGAGUUGUUUGCUUUAUAGUGCUGAGGAGUAAGAACAUGCGCACCGUCACCAAUCUUUUCAUCCUCAACCUCGCCAUUAGUGACCUACUCGUUGGGAUUUUCUGUAUGCCUACAACACUGCUGGACAACAUCAUUACAGGAUGGCCAUUUGGAAGCCUGGUGUGCAAAAUGAGUGGUAUGGUCCAAGGCAUAUCUGUAUCGGCAUCUGUCUUCACCCUGGUGGCCAUCGCAGUGGACAGGUUUAGAUGCAUUGUGUACCCCUUCAAGCAGAAGCUGACGAUAUCUACAGCUACCCUCAUCAUCAUCGUCAUCUGGGUUUUGGCCAUAUCCAUCAUGUGCCCAUCAGGCGUCAUGCUGCAGGUGACCAAAGAGCAGACCAUCCGGAUAUACCUUGGGGACGGCAACCGGACAAGCCCGUUCUACUGGUGCCGUGAGAACUGGCCCAACCAGGAGAUGAGGAAGAUCUACACCACGGUUCUCUUUGCCAACAUCUACCUUGCGCCCUUAUCGCUCAUUGUGAUCAUGUACGCGCGGAUUGGCAUCACCCUCUUCAAGACGGCCGUGCCGACCGGGGACAAGCCCGGCGCCGGGCACAACAACCGCCACACGGUGUCCAAAAAGAAGCAGCGGGUCAUCAAGAUGCUCCUGGUAGUGGCACUGCUCUUCGUCCUCUCCUGGCUGCCCCUGUGGACACUCAUGAUGCUGACGGACUACGCCAGCCUGUCCGAGUACCAGUACCGGGUCAUCAACAUAUACAUCUACCCGUUCGCCCACUGGCUGGCGUUCUUCAACAGCAGCGUCAACCCCAUCAUCUACGGUUUCUUCAACGAGAACUUCCGGCGCGGCUUCCAGGCCGUGUUCAAGUUCCAGCUGUGCGGUGGAGGAGGUGGCGGUGGAGGAGGUGGCGGUGGCGGGUACCGGCGCAGGACGUACUCGCACCGCUUCCAGGGUAACGCGGUGCUGCCAGCCAACCCGCAGCCAUCCACCGAGCCCAUCUCACUCAACAGCCUAGAGAACACCAGCUCGCGGCGGGUCAACCAAGUCAACGAGCAGGACUUAAUCAUGGAGGACUUGGAGAAGGCCUCCCAGAGUAGCGACGGGAAGGACGGGCCGUCCCUUUGAGAAAGCACAAAUACAAACAGCCAGGCAUGCUCAGUCUAAACAUAUCGCAGCUAUUAGUAUUACAUGUAUAACAUGAU